GGCUCUAGGACCCAGGGGGAUGCGGCGCGGCCGGGUUCUCCGAGCCAGAUUGCAAAUUCUCCUCCGUGACUCAGUCGGCUCUGCGCAGCGCACAGUAGGCGGCGGCAGCGGCAGCGGCGGCCGGGGCUGAGCUCGGGCGAGCAGCAGAGCGCCAAGAUGGAGUACGAGUGGAAACCCGACGAGCAGGGGCUCCAGCAGAUCCUGCAGCUGCUCAAGGAGUCGCAGUCCCCGGACACCACCACGCAGAGAGCCGUGCAACAAAAACUGGAACAGCUCAAUCAGUAUCCAGACUUCAACAACUACCUGAUAUUUGUUCUUACAAAGCUAAAAUCUGAAGAUGAACCUACACGGUCGUUGAGUGGUCUCAUCUUGAAGAAUAAUGUGAAAGCCCACUUUCACAAUUUUCCUAAUGGAGUAACUGAUUUCAUUAAAAGCGAGUGCUUAAACAAUAUUGGAGACUCCUCCCCAUUAAUCAGAGCCACUGUAGGUAUCCUGAUUACAACCAUUGCCUCAAAAGGAGAAUUGCAGAAUUGGCCUGACCUCUUACCAAAGCUUUGUAGCCUGCUGGAUUCUGAAGACUACAAUACCUGUGAGGGUGCAUUUGGAGCUCUUCAGAAGAUUUGCGAAGAUUCUGCUGAAAUCUUAGAUAGCGAUGCAUUAGAUCGCCCUCUCAAUAUCAUGAUCCCUAAGUUUUUACAGUUCUUCAAGCAUAGCAGUCCAAAGAUAAGGUCCCAUGCAGUUGCAUGUGUCAAUCAGUUUAUCAUCAGUAGGACUCAGGCCCUUAUGUUGCACAUUGAUGGAUUUAUUGAGAAUCUGUUCGCGUUGGCGGGCGAUGAGGAGCCUGAAGUACGCAAAAAUGUGUGUCGGGCUCUAGUGAUGCUCCUGGAAGUUCGAAUGGACCGCUUACUUCCUCACAUGAUUAGUAUUGUUGAGUAUAUGCUACAAAGGACUCAGGACCAAGAUGAAAAUGUGGCUUUGGAGGCUUGUGAGUUUUGGCUGACUUUGGCUGAACAGCCAAUUUGUAAAGAUGUUCUGUGUCGGCAUCUUACCAAGUUGAUACCUGUGUUGGUAAAUGGCAUGAAAUACUCAGAGAUAGAUAUAAUUCUCCUGAAGGGAGAUGUUGAAGAAGAUGAAGCUAUCCCAGAUAGUGAGCAAGACAUAAGGCCCCGCUUUCACCGUUCACGGACGGUAGCACAGCAGCAUGAAGAAGAUGGCAUUGAAGAGGAGGAGGAGGAAGAGGAUGAGCUGGAUGACGAUGAUACUAUUUCUGACUGGAAUUUAAGGAAGUGUUCAGCUGCUGCUCUUGAUGUCCUUGCCAAUGUAUUCCGCGAUGAAUUGCUGCCACACAUUUUGCCCCUUCUAAAAGAACUGCUUUUUCAUCCAGAGUGGGUUGUGAAAGAAUCAGGCAUCCUAGUACUAGGAGCAAUUGCUGAAGGUUGUAUGCAGGGUAUGAUUCCAUAUCUUCCCGAGCUAAUCCCUCACCUUAUUCAGUGCCUCUCUGAUAAAAAGGCUCUUGUGCGCUCCAUUACUUGCUGGACUCUUAGCCGCUAUGCACACUGGGUAGUCAGUCAACCCCCAGACACGUACUUGAAGCCAUUAAUGACUGAGUUGCUAAAGCGCAUCCUGGAUAGCAACAAGAGAGUACAAGAAGCUGCCUGCAGUGCCUUUGCUACUCUAGAAGAGGAGGCUUGUACAGAACUUGUUCCUUAUCUUGCUUAUAUACUUGAUACUCUGGUCUUCGCAUUUAGUAAAUACCAGCAUAAGAAUCUGCUCAUUCUUUACGAUGCCAUAGGAACUUUAGCAGAUUCUGUAGGCCAUCAUCUAAACAAACCAGAAUAUAUUCAGAUGCUUAUGCCUCCAUUAAUCCAGAAAUGGAACAUGUUGAAGGAUGAAGAUAAAGAUCUUUUCCCUUUAUUAGAGUGCCUAUCUUCGGUUGCCACUGCCUUGCAAUCUGGCUUCCUUCCAUACUGUGAACCUGUGUACCAGCGCUGUGUAAAUCUGGUACAGAAGACUCUUGCACAAGCCAUGUUGCACAAUGCUCAGCCAGACCAGUAUGAAGCUCCUGAUAAAGACUUCAUGAUUGUGGCUCUUGAUUUACUUAGUGGUUUAGCUGAAGGACUCGGAGGCAACAUUGAACAGCUAGUGGCUCGGAGCAAUAUCCUGACACUCAUGUACCAGUGCAUGCAGGAUAAAAUGCCCGAGGUACGACAGAGUUCUUUUGCCUUGCUGGGCGAUCUGACAAAGGCAUGUUUUCAACAUGUGAAGCCAUGCAUUGCUGACUUCAUGCCUAUUUUAGGAACCAACCUUAACCCAGAGUUCAUUUCUGUCUGUAACAAUGCCACAUGGGCAAUUGGAGAAAUUUCUAUUCAGAUGGGUAUAGAGAUGCAGCCUUAUAUUCCUAUGGUCUUGCACCAGCUUGUAGAAAUCAUUAACAGACCCAACACACCAAAGACUUUGUUAGAAAACACAGCAAUAACAAUUGGUCGUCUUGGUUACGUUUGUCCUCAAGAGGUGGCCCCCAUGCUACAGCAGUUUAUAAGACCCUGGUGCACCUCUCUCAGAAACAUAAGGGAUAAUGAAGAAAAAGAUUCAGCAUUCCGUGGAAUUUGUACCAUGAUCACUGUCAAUCCAAGUGGAGUAGUCCAAGACUUUAUAUUUUUUUGUGAUGCUGUUGCAUCAUGGAUUAGCCCAAAAGAUGAUCUUCGAGACAUGUUCUGUAAGAUCCUUCAUGGAUUUAAAAAUCAAGUUGGAGAUGAAAAUUGGAGGCGUUUCUCUGACCAGUUUCCUGUUCCCUUAAAAGAACGCCUUGCAGCUUACUAUGGAGUUUAACCUAAAGUAUUCAAGCUGCAGUACCAUAAUGAGGGGUCCUUCAGUCUGGAAGACUGGGAGGGAGCCUCGACACCCAGGGAAAAAAAUGUUACCCUUUACUGGGGGGAAGGGUAAACCAGUAGGGAAUACAGUACAAUCCCAAGCCUACUGGGAGGGGCGGGAGGGAGGUGUUGCCGUCACUGUAUUAAGCCGAUGUUGGGAAAUGUUUUAACAUCUGGAGCUUUUGUGGGUGGAAGUCUGUCUCCUGUUACAACUCUGCACUGGAUGUGAAGAAGCUCAAUAUAUAUAUAAAUAUAUAUAUAUAUUUACAACAGCACAUUCUGCAAUAUUAUGGGGAACUGUACCAAAAUGAAAACUAUAAAAUUGAACCAUAGAGAUAUGUAAAGAGGAAAUACACUGUGUGAACACGAUAAAGGAAACCGAAGGGUAGCGAUUGCAGAGAGUAAAAGGUGUGUCGUAAUAAGGGGUUUCUGCAUUGUUUCAUCUUGAUGGGAUUCCUAGGUGUUGCAUGUUAAUGAAGAACUAAACAAAUGAAGUUAGUACAGUUAAAAUAAAGCUUGCUGCCUGUAUUAGGAGCAGGCACUUGCAGUGUACAAAUUUUAAUAACCCCAUAAUAAAGUAAUAAAGGUUAACAUGAACAAAAUGAAGCAACCUGCAAGAUGCCAAAUGAGUCACUCCUUUUCAUUUUUUGGGGGUGGGGGGAGGGGCAUUAGAGAAGAAAGGUGAAUCUUUUUUAAAAAAAAACAUUGAAACUGCAAAGGUAGUGGAUAUGAUUUGAUGGUUGUACUUCAUUAGAUUUAAUUUCUAGAGUAAGGCAUAAUUCUUAAUGUGCCGUUUAAGGUUCAGGCAUGCAUUUUGGAUCAUAGUGAUCAAGCGUAUUUUUAGUGGGAAAGUAGCAUGCUUGCAUCAAAGGGUGAGAGUGGUAUACAUUUUCUUAUGUUGCGCCAGUUUUGUGUUGCAGUUUACCAAUUCAGUAUAGCCCUGCGUUUAAAAUUCCUUUUAUGAUUCUGUGGAUUUUAUUUUUUCUUAGGAAUAGAGGUAUAAAAUACUGUAGUGACAAUUAGGCCUCCAAAUAUCUUUUUAGGAUCUGUUAGGAUUAAGAUUGAUAUUGUAUUGUGUAACCUGCACAAUGUGGAAAGCUGAUAUAGCUGUGCAAAGUAUUGCCUCUGUGCUGUCAGUGUGAUGUGCUUUCUGCAUGGUUAUACUAGUGAUUUUUAUCAAACCUAAAAAUGACUUAACAUGGUAAGACCUGUUUAAAGGCUACAUAAAUGUUAGUUGGCACGUAAAGACAAUGGUAGAAAACUGAUGACAUGAUUGCUACAUUUCAGUGUUUAUUCCCACCCAACGUAUUACCUUUCUAUAAUUUUCUCCUCCGCAAAGUAUGAUCUUAAGAGAUGCAUAAUUUGGUGGAUGUAAAGCAGGGUAUCUACACUGUAUUGGCGCAUGUUGGUGGCCCUUUGUAUCCUAGAGAGGACACAAUGGUGCAAGUUAAACGCUACAGAGUGAAAGUUGGUUUGGAUCCUCUUCAUUUCAUUUGUUUUUAGCUUUUCUGUUUCCCCACCCCCUCUACUCACUUGUAUUCCUGUGAAUAAAUCCUUGUUAAGUUAACCCUUUACUUUUCUUUCCAUGUGUAUUUUCUUACGUACUGUGAAUGUGAAAACCUAACUGGUACACUUGAUCUUGUGUUACUAUUAAAAAAAAAAGGAAGUUGUGAUUAAUAAAGAAUAUCCCAUGAUGAUAAAGGAAAAUGGAGGGACAAUAACUCUGCUGGUCAGAGGCAAAAGCCACACUUUUCCAUUUUCCCUUAAGUGCUGCAAAAUUAAUCUGUGCAAAAAAAAAAAAAAGCCAUAA